AUGUCCUGCCCACACCUCAGCGACUCCUUCACUUCCCUCAGCGCCCCACGUCCUUCUCAGCAAGUGCACCGCGAUGAGUGCACACUGUGCUUCGAUGACCAAGAUGGACCUGAGGGGAUUGAUGUCUGUCUAAUCUGCUUUAAUGGAGGAUGUACUGGGAAUGGAGAUCGGGAGCACUCCAGGUUGCAUUGGCAGAAGACGGGACAUGCGAUUGUUGCCAAUGUGAAGAGGAGGAGAAAAGCGAGGGCUGAGCAGCCAAUUCAGGAAGCGCCGAAGAAGCUAGCGAUUAGUGCAGAGACAGAGGAGGACCUGUACGAGUGGGAGACAAAACCCAAGUGUCUGGCAUGUGAUCCGGAUGCUGGAGGUAAGGAGCUACCGAGGACCGAGAAGCUGGAAUCGGUCAUCUCUGCCAUGAUGAAGUCUCUCUCCUCUUCGCAACAGAGCGAGGUGAAGGCUUGGGAGGAGGAGAUCGUACCUUGCAAUCAUACAAGAGAGCUCAAGCAGCUCGGCGAACCCUUCAGCCUCGAAGCAGAUGGUCUCGCCAAGUGCGGCAAAUGCGACUUAUCCUCUAACCUCUGGCUCUGCCUCACUUGUGGCAACCUCGGCUGUGGACGGGCCCAAUUUGGAGGCGUGGGUGGAAAUUCGCAUGGUCUGACUCACUUCGAGGAGUCAGGACAUCCAGUCAGUGUCAAGCAAGGGACUAUUACGGCCGAGGGCACAGCCGACAUCUACUGCUACGCCUGCAACGACGCCCGCAUCGACCCCAAGCUGGCGGAACACCUUCGGCACUUUGGCAUGAACGUCUUAGAUCUCUCAAAGACGGAGAAGUCGAUGACUGAGCUCCAGCUCGAGCAGAACUUGAAAUUCGACUUUAAUAUGACUGGGGAGGAUGGGAAAGAGCUUGAACCUCUUUUUGGACCUGGUCUGACCGGUCUCCGGAACUUGGGAAACAGCUGCUACAUGGCUUCGACGCUCCAGGCACUCUUUUCUUUCCCCGCAUUCCAAACGAGAUAUUCCGACGCAUAUCGUCCUCACACCGUCUCGUGCGGAAACACUCUUCCCGCAACCUGCCUCGAGUGUCAGACGGGCAAGCUAGCCGACGGACUCCUCUCUGGUCGUUACGCUGUUCCACGUCCCGCCGAUCAGGCAUCGGUAGGCAGUGUCGGAGCCAUGGCCGAUGUGCCAGGCUCGACUCAUGACGGAAAGGAGAGAGCCAGCGAGGGGCCCAUCUUCCAAGCAGGUAUCCGCCCAUCCAUGUUCAAGUCGCUGAUCGGCAAGGGGCACGAGGAGUUUUCGACGAUGAGGCAGCAGGACGCCGAUGAAUUCCUCAAACACGUAGUGGUGUCUUUACAGAAGGAGAGUCGGCGGCUGAGCGCUGUUCCCGAGACUGGAGGAGCUCCGACGAAUGAUCCCACGACGAUCUUCAGCUUUGGGCUGGAGCAGAGAUUGCAGUGCAUGGAAUGCAAGAAGGUCAGAUAUACCGUUGAGGCUCAGGAUGCUGGCCUGAGCUUGCCGGUGCCAUUGAGGAAGAAAGUCAAGCAGCAGCAUUCCAGCUCAAGCGGUGACGGCAUGGAGCUCGAUGCAGAUGCGAAAGGGAAAGCACCCGUGGAAGGAGUCAACGCCGAGAGCGACCUAGGUAGCAAGCCUUCUUCUUCUGGCGCGAACGACAAGAUCGAAUACGAGCCCGUCGAGCUGGAAGAAUGCCUGGACAUCUUCACCGCGGCAGAGGAGCUCGAGUACAAUUGCCCUUCGUGUCAAAAGAAGGUGAUCGCUACAAAGAGGACGCUCUUCACUUCUUUCCCUGAGGUGCUAGCCAUUCAAGCACGAAGAUUUCAGCUGGUCAAUUGGGUACCUCAGAAAGUCGAUGUGCCCAUCCUCGUACCCCUGGAGCCCUUCACACUCGACAAGUACCUCGGCACAGGCAAGCGCGAAGACGAAGAGGAGCUGCCAGAGGGGGACAGUGAAUUUGCUGGCAGCGGAGCUGGCAGUACUAGCAACAUCCCCCAAUUUGACGCAGCUGCCAUGUCGCAGCUCACCUCGAUGGGCUUCCCGGAGGUGCGCUGCCAGCGUGCUCUCCUGGCGACAGGGAACAAUGGCGAUGCGGAAGCGGCCAUGAACUGGCUCUUCUCGCACAUGGAAGACCCGGAUAUUGACGACCCCAUUGACUUCAGCCAGGCCUCUUCAACCCCGGCAGCGGCAGCGGGUACGGGUGCUGCUAGCGGAGGUGGAGGUGCAGACACGAGCAUGCUGGAAGAGAUGGGCUUCUUUCGCAACCAGGCGCGCAAGGCACUCCGUCUCAAUGGCAAUAACCCCGAAAUGGCCGUCGCCUGGCUCUUUGAGAAUUCCGACGAUUCAGGAGAAGAGGAGGAGAUUACUGCCUCAACCGGUAGCACUGCUGCUGCUGCUGCUGCUGCUGCUGCUACUGCUGCUGGGGGAGAGGGAGAAGGGAGCAGCGCGCCAGCAGCGACGUCUGUUCUUGGCGGUUCGGCGGAGCUCCCCGCCAGGUAUCACAUCAAGGCAUUCGUAUCGCACAAGGGCCCCUCGGUCCACUCGGGACACUAUGUCGCCCACGUCAGAAAGGCAGCAUCAAUGCUCGGUAGUGGGACAAUAGCGGGCGCGGGCGUGGGCGCGGGCGAGCAGGGACAGGGACAGGGACAGGGACAGGGACGGGGACAGGAGGGAGAGAGUUGGGUCUUCUUCAAUGACGAAAAAGUCGUCAGAGCUCCUUUUGAAGCUGCGCGAUCCAAGCUCCAGGCAGGUGGGAAUGGGAAUGGGAAUGAGAAUGGGGAUGGGGAAGAUGAAGGAGAGCAGAAUGAUGUAGGAGUCAAGGGCCUGUCCCGUUUGGCCUACGUUUACUUUUUUGAGAGACAGCUGUAG